AAUAAUUGGGAACAACCUCUUUUAAUUUUAGCUUGCUUAUUGCAUCCCAAAUAUCGAAUGACCUAUUUUAAAGAUAAAUUAAAAAUCAAUUAUUUGAAAUUAGAUGAAUAUCUAAAAUAUUACUAUAAGACUUGGUUGGAAGAUGAUUCUAAAUGUAUUUUAUGUAAAUUUGCCGAUUUUUCUACAGGAGAAUAUCCAUUUGAUGAAAAAACUUAUGAUCAUUUUGGUGAUAUUUGGAAAUAUUGGAAUUAUGCAAAAGAUUCAACAUUGAAUUAG